GUAAUAAUUUAAGGCGUUGUUAGUUGAGUUCGUGUGUGUAAUUUGUUAUUAUUAAGUUCUUCUUAACUAUAGUUAAAAUAAUAACAAAAUUAAAUUAUAAUUAUUAAAUUAUAAAAUUUUUACAAAACCAUGAUGCUAAUUAAAUAUUUCCUUAUUACUUUUGUAUUUGUAUUAGCAAUACAUAAAGGUGCUGCGAUUUGGUGUUAUCGUUGUACUUCAGCAACGCCUGGUUGUGGAGAUAAUUUUAAUUGGAGAGGUAUUGGUUUUUUAGGGGAAUCAUGUCCGGAAGAUAAUGACAUAUGUGUAAAAGUAGUGGAACGACGUGGAGCUAAAGAAACAAUUACAAGAGAUUGUCUUAGUGCUCUUAAGUUUCGUACGGACAUACCAGCAGACAAGUAUGAAGGUUGUCGCCCUGCUGCGAAAGACCUACAUCUAGCACACUACGUCAACCAUACCAUCAAAGAACAUGACGUAAAACGAGACUUCUUCUCGCAUGUCACUUUCUGUUUUUGUUUUCUGGACCAUCGCUGUAAUGGCGCACAAUCAUUGGUAAGAUCGAGUAAAAUAGUGAUAUUAGCUAUUGUGAUUUUAACUUGUAUCAAAAGAUUCUUUUAACCUUUUAAAUAAUUUGUUAAACAGAGUGCCUUGUAAUUUAUAAAGCGUAGAGUAAUUUUUUUACAAUGUUCAAAAAAUUUAAAAAGCAUGUAAUGUGUCUUGUAAUAUGUAUGUUAUAAUUAUAAACGAUAUCUGUGCAGCUUUUACUAAGUUUUCCACUUAUACAUCUUAGAGAUGAUAACAUAGUGUUUCCAACCAAAGCUUCAAAAAGCGUUGAACUUGUGUUCAUACUUAAAAAAAAUUAGAAAAUUAUAUAAAGAUUUGAUAUUCAAUACAAAAAAAUGUAACUAUUUAUAAAA